GAUAUUCGGGUCCUAGGCGAGUACUAAUUGUUGCAACGUAACUUGCUGAACGAAACCAAAUCAAGAAGAAACCCACAAACAAUGGCAACCGAAGAAGAGAGCGCCGUUAAGGAGCCGUUGGAUCUGAUCAGACUCAGCCUCGACGAGCGCAUUUACGUCAAGCUCCGAUCCGACCGUGAACUCCGAGGCAAACUCCAUGCCUAUGAUCAGCAUUUAAAUAUGAUACUUGGGGAUGUUGAAGAAGUUGUUACCACCGUUGAGAUAGAUGAUGAAACUUAUGAAGAGAUUGUUCGGACCACGAAGCGCACUGUUCCAUUUCUCUUUGUAAGAGGAGAUGGAGUUAUACUGGUUUCUCCUCCACUAAGGACAGCUUGAUUUUCUAAUGUAGAUUUGCACUUCUUUAAGAAGAAUUUACCUGUCCCAAAUUUAAUGCUUUGCUGCUGUUGCUCUUUUUAACCUUUUUCCAAUCUUCAAUGUUACCAGCUGAUCGCGUAUUUGCUAGAUCACCCUGUAAUAGACUAUUAUGAAUAUUUAUUAGGUACUAUCGUAAUUUUGGUAUGGAAAAUCGUAUGAUGGAUCACUUUGUAAGCGCUCUAUUACCAGUUCUAGUUUUUGUUUA